GGAUGUGUUCCGGGGUCCUAGUUUCCUGUCCCCUGCAGUAGAAAUUCCCCGACAGGUCCCUCUAUUGCCAUAACAUCAUGAAGUCAUGACGGUGGACUACUCCGCCAUUGGAGCUACUAUUUUAGCGAUUAUUAUCAUAGUAGGAUGGAGCUUUUCCUGGGUGGUUCACAUUAUUUCUCUCUGCUAUGGGAUUCGCCACCUACAUAAGAAACUAGAACCACCAGUGCCAGCAGAUGGAUUACCCGGAGUAUCAGUGAUAAAACCUCUGACAGGUGUGGACGUCAACUUGAAGAGCAACCUAGAGUCAUGUUUCAAUCAGUGCUAUCCUAAUUAUGAGCUGCUCUUCUGUGUGCAAGAUGACAAUGACCCGGCCAUUCUCGUGGUCAAGAGUUUGAUAGAAAGUUAUCCAAAAGUAGACGCUAAACUAUUUAUAGUGACACCCAACUCCAUCUACGACAUGGUAUGGUCGCUAGAACCGGACGUGGGUCUAGUCCUACAGAUGCCCUACUGUGCCACGAGGAAAGGGUUCGGAGCUGUCUAUCAACAGGUGUACUUCGGCACCAUGCAGGCUAGGAAUUGUCUGAGCGCCAACGCGGUCAACAUCAACUGUUCUACGGGCAUGUCCAGCAUGUUGAGACGAGACGUGCUGGACAAGGCCGGAGGACUGGCGGAGUUUGGACAGUACCUGGCUGAGGACCAUUUCAUUGCCGAGGCCAUCAGAGCGCAAUGGUCCCAGCUCCGUAUCUCUAUGGUCCCCACCCUGAUCGUGAUAGAGCCAGUAGGGGAGAGCAUAGUGCUGGGAGUACUAGCCUCCUGGGCCACUAUGUUCCUGUUCGAUGCCUCCCCUCUCGCCUUCUUCCUCUCCCACCUCCUCGUCUGGUUCCUCUUCGACUACAUCUUAAUCAGAAUCGUGGAG